AUGAAGGCAAUCCCUUAUUCUUCUGCUGUAGGGAGCCUCAUGUAUGCUAUGUUGUCCACUAAACCAGAUAUCUGCUUUGCUGUUGGCAUGGUUAGCAGAUUUCAGUCUAAUCCUGGACAAGAACAUUGGACUGCAGUUAAGCAUACAAUCAAGUACCUUAAAAGGACUAAGGAUUACAUUCUUAUUUUUCACUCUGGAAAUCUUGUACCUAUUGGGUAUACUGAUUCAAAUUUUCAAUUGGAUAAAGAUUCUAGAAAAUUGACCUCAGGAUAUGUGUUUACAUUAGGAGCUGCCUCUGAGGCAGCUAAAGAAGCUGUUUGGCUCGGUAACUUUCUGAAAGAGCUUGGAGUUGUUCCUUUAGUGCAAACACCACUACCACUUUACUGUAACAAUAGUGGUGCAGUUGCAAAUUCAAAGAACCAUUAA